GUUUACGGUCGUCAGGAUCAGCGAAGCCAGAUAAGGAUAAGAUGUCCUGGGUACGCUGAACCGGCUUUGCAGUACAGGCGCCAGUCGGCAGCCGGAGCAGGGACUGCGGACCGGGCAGAGGGAGGCAGGGAGCUUCACUCAGAUACCCACUUUGGACUGUGAAAGCAACACACACCCGCCAACUUAAAACACACCGUUGUUACUCGUCUCCACUCUCCAGAGGGUCUGGGAGGUCCCUGGAGUGUGUGUCUGGCUGGGUGCAUAAGCUGGGAGGGUGUGUGUUUUUCUUAUGUGUUAAUGAGUGUGUGGGUGUCUCGCAUCACUUUUGAUGGGACAUUGAGAGAUGUGUGUGUCACAGCGUCAGUGGAUGGGCUAUAGGGGGCCGUGCUCCCCCGCCCUCCCCCUGGUCCUCCUCCUCCUCCCUCUGUCCUUCCUCUCCUCCACGCCUCCGUUCGCUCAGGGAGCCAUCCACAUCCCCAAAGACUAUAAAGUGCAUAACAUGUCACAGCCUCCGGUGCUGACAGAGGUGCCAGCAUCGUGCACAGCCUUUUCUCGAGAGGACAUCAACCUGCACUGUGAGGCCUCCGGUAACCCAACACCCACUUUCCGGUGGGUGAAGGACGGGGACCCGUUUGGGCCGGAGCUUCAAGGGUCUGGGACACUGCAAGUCGAAGAGGACGAGCCCCUGGACUCUUACGAAGGCUACUACCGUUGCUACGCUUCCAACACCCUGGGGACCGCCAUGACUCAGACCGUGCAUGUCAUCGUGGAGCCUCAACCGGUUCUCCUAAAACAACAAAAAAUACGUAAGCGAGCAUACGUGGGAGAAAGCAUCGUCCUGUCCUGCAACCCUCCGAAAAGCUCCAUCCCUCCAUACAUCCACUGGAUGGACAAGAAGAUGGUGCACAUCAAGCAGGACGACAGAGUGAUGGUCGGCCAGGACGGGAACUUGUACUUUUCUAAUCUUCUAGAGAGCGACAGCAGAGACGACUACAUCUGCAACGCCCAGUAUUCGGCGGCCAGGACUGUCCUCCCCGAGGCUGCCGUUACCCUCAGUGUUAUGCCCAGUAAUGAUGUUGCUCAUGGUAGAAAGCCCCACCUCUUUCAUCCAGUGGGCUCCCACUCCACAGUGAAGGCCCUCAGUGGCCAAUCCAUCACCCUAGAAUGUAUCCCCAAAGGCCUGCCCACUCCAAGGGUGGAAUGGAAGAAGAAGGACGGCAGCCUGGGCGAAACGAGCGGCCACCUGGACAACUUUGACCGCUCGCUCAUCUUCAACAGUAUCGCCCAGAGCGAUGACGGAGAGUACGAGUGCCAGGCCACCAACAGCCAAGGGUCCAUCACGCACUCCUUCACUGUCACCGUGGAAGCGGCUCCCUACUGGGUGAAGGAGCCCCAGAACCUGUUGUAUGCUCCUGGGGAAACCGUGCGACUGGACUGCCAGGCUGAAGGCAUCCCGACCCCCAUCAUCACCUGGAGCAUCAACGGUCAGCAACUCACAGAGGUGGACGACGACCCUCGUCGGAGCGCCUCGGCCGGCGUGUUGAUACUGAGGGACGUCAAAUACGCUGACACCGCUGUGUAUCAGUGCGAGGCCACCAACGUACACGGCUCCAUUCUCCUCAACACCUACCUCUACGUCAUCGAGCUCCAUCCCCAGAUCCUCUCCUCUGAUGGAGUGGUGUACAGAGUGGCUGAGGGCGGAGACAUCAAGCUGCACUGUGAAACCUUCGGUUCUCCGCGACCACACGUCGAAUGGAGGGGAGAGGACAUGGUUCCUCUGCUGUUGGACCCUCCUGUCUCCCUGGGUGAGGACGUGGGUUCUCUGCUGUCGGACCCUCGUGUCUCCCUGCUGACCAACGGGACCCUCGUCCUGUCCAACGUCACCCACGAUGACGGCGGAACGUACACCUGCUCUGUCGAACGCACCAGCAUCUCCAUCACUGCACACCUGGAAGUCUUCAAUCGAACGGUGAUACUCAAAGGCCCCCAGGACGUCCGUGCUUUCAGAGGAACCAGCGCCCUGCUGGACUGCCACAUCUACAAAGACCCCCAGCGGCACGAUUACCAAAUUGUCUGGAGGAAAGGCGAACAAAAAAUGCAGGAGUCGUCACCAGAUGACAAGUACACCUUCUUUGAGAAUGGAACCUUGAAAGUGACGAACGUCCAAUCAGACGAUACGGCGCCUUACUCCUGUGAGGUCAUCACUGACCUGGACAAGGUGAAAGCCAGCGGCUCGAUCACUGUAGUAGCACGGCCGGACCCUCCCAGGGAUCUGUCUCUGUCUGAUGUCGGUGACCACAGCCUCACUCUCAGCUGGAUCCCAGGACAUUCACACAACAGCCCCAUCACAGGGUUCAUCGUGGAGGCCCGGGAGGAGCAGCACACAGAGGAGGGGAAGUGGAGGUGGGAGGAGUGGAGGAGAGUGCCCGGGGACUUCAACCACAUGCAGCUGGCCCUCCACCCCUACUGCACCUACCGCUUCCGCGUCAUCGCCGUCAACGAUGUCGGCCACAGCAACCCCAGCAAGGCCUCAGACUACCACAGCACGCCGCCUGCUGUUCCUGACAGUAACCCCGCUGGCGUGCGCAGUGAAUCCACAGACCCAAAGACUCUGACCAUUACCUGGGAUGAGAUGGAGAAGCACCUGCAUAACGGCCAGGACUUCCAGUACAAGGUGUCAUGGCGGGAGGCCGGGGGCACGAGUGCACAGUGGAACCACGCCUACGUAAAGUCUCCGCCGUUCUUGGUUAAUGACACAGGAACGUACAGACCCUUUGAGAUCAAAGUCCAGGCUGUCAACUCGCUCGGAGAGGGCCCGGCACCGGAGCCUAAGGUCGGACACUCCGGAGAGGACAAGCCCGAGGAGGCUCCGACUGGAGUUGAGACAUCUGUGAUGAACAGCACGGUCAGAGUCAGCUGGAACGAAGCCAGGAACGUCCGGGGUCUGCUGCAGGGAUACAAGAUCUACGUCCGGAGGCUGGGUCCCCAGGUUGGGCGGGGCCGGAGGUCUCUUGAAAAACUGCACCACGGGGAGGAGAAAGAGGAAAGACUGGACCGAGGGAAGGAGAGAGACAGAGACAGGAGGGUAGUGGUGGUCCACGGCACGCAGACCUCAGGGGAAGUGACAGAGCUGCGACUGUUUUCCCAGUAUGAACUGUCCGUCAGCGCCUUUAACAGAAAAGGGGAGGGCCCCCACUCCCCGCCCCACCACUUCAGCACCCCAGAGGGAGCUCCUGGUCCUCCUGCAUCGCUGAGGUUUGAGAGCCCAACGGAGAAAUCACUGAUUCUCUACUGGACCCCCCCAGUUGAAACCAAUGGCAUACUACUGGGAUACAUGGUGCAGUACCAACAGGAGGUGGAGAGUAGAGACAGCCCGUUGCAGAUGGAGAUCAUCGGCGAUCCCAGUGUGACUUACAUAAUGUUGGACCAUCUGGACCCCAGCAGCCAUUACAUCUUCAAAGUGAUAGCACGCACCGCAACCGGAGACGGACCUCCCAUCACACGGAGGGGCGCCACCCUCCUGGACGGAGUUCCCCCAUCAAACAUCACCAUUGUCCAGAGUAACACGUCACUCAACAUGAGCUGGGUUCCCGGAGAGCGCGACAGGAAUCACGGCUUCCGCAUCUCCUUCCUCAGAAAGAGUCCCGGGGGCGUGUGGCAGGAGUCGGAGGUGGUGAACUCCACGCAGGGCUUCUAUUCACUGACAGGCCUCCAACCAGGAACACCGUACCACCUUAUGAUCAUGCAUGGAAACAGCACUCAGUGGGAAUCUGUGGUAUCGACCACAGGACCAGUGCCAUCCGAGAUGCCCGGCGGGUUCGCCACCCAAGGCUGGUUGAUAGGACUCAUCAGCGCCAUCGUGCUAAUCCUGCUGAUACUUGUCAUCCUCUGCCUGAUCAAACGCAGCAGGGGUGGCAAAUACGCAGUGAAGGACAAGGAGGACAAGGAGGUGGACUCCGAAGCUCGGCCAAUGAAAGAUGAGACGUUUGGAGAGUACAGAUCCCUGGAGAGUGAUGGAGACGAGAAGCGCUCAGACAGCCAGCCGUCUCUGUGCGGGGAGAGUAAGCUGGGCAGUGACGACUCUCUGGCCGAGUACGGGGACAGCGUGGACAUCCAGUUCAACGAGGACGGCUCUUUCAUCGGCCAGUACAGCGGCCGGGGGCCCGUCCCCCACGGCAACGAGAGCUCCGGUCCCGCCUCCCCCGACAACGCGGUCCCGCCUCCCCCCAUCGCUCCGUCCAUGUCGAGCAUCCUGAACCGGCCCAGCUAGACACACAUACACUCGUAAACACGUUACAAAAAAAUACACGCGCACACACACACAGCCUGUCUGCAACAAAACACCAAAGGACAGACUCCACUGCCUGUAAUGUUAUAGUGUAAGAACACACACAUACAUAUACACAGUCUCAAUACAUUCCACAGGUUUAUGCAGUGAAGCUGUUUACAGGAUGUCUCGCCUUUUCUACUCCAAGUUUACACACACACACACACACACACACACACACACACACACACACUUAAUCGGAUAGCCCCUCACUCUUCUAUACAAAAGAAAGACAGAGGGAGGUGGAGGUCAGGAGAGGAAGAUGAGGGCUGAUGUGAUGAAGAGUGAGACGUAGAAAAGGGAAAAAAAAAGAAAAGUAGUGGAAGUCAUUUCGUCUUUCAUCUGUAACCAAAAUGUCUCCCACACGGUUUCACCUCGUCGAAGCUUUUGUCUCAUUCUGUUUCAUCAACACUUUUAAAAUCACGUUCUUUUCUUUCUUUCUUUUUCGCCGUGUCUUUACUUCUUGCGCCUCGUCAUCAGACAUCGCCGCUGCGUGUCUCCGUUUUGGCUGUUUUCGAGCUAAUUAUUUCUGUUGCCUUUGUGUGCAUGCGUCCGGGAAUGACUUUGCUAUUUAUAGAUGCGUGUGCGGCUGUCAGAGCGGCUCCCAAACCUAAGAUGCAUGCCCCUCCCCGAGGCCUCCAGAAAUCAUUUACCUGGCGUUUCGCGUAUGGGUUUAAAGAGCGACUGUUACUUUGUGCGUGCCUGCGUGCGCUCGUCGUGUGAUUGUUCGUGUUCCCCAUCCCUGCCCCUUGACCCGCAGCGAUGGGAGAUCUGUUGCCUUAAGAGAGUCCUCUCCUCCUCCUUUCUGUCCGUCCACCUGUCAGUCAUCCGUUUCUCCUCACACGCGUUCCUCUUCCAUCUUCCUCCUGUUUGCUCAGCAGGUAAAAAAAAAAAAUUUAAAAAAGGGCGGGACCAGGACGUUACGGUGGCCCGGAGGGCUCAGCUCGCUGCAGCUUAGGAAAACACGUGCAAAUAGACAAAACACAAGGAAAUGAAGAAAACACCUCCACCCGUUUGACGAGACGUGCGCAGCGUUUUUAAAAAUCUUUAAAAACACCUCACAAAUAUAUAGUUUCAUUAUUUUUUUUAAAGAGACUCAGUAAUUUCCCAAAACUGCUGCUCACUGUGGUUUCGAUCACAAUAGUCAAACAGAGGUAAAUAGUGCUUUUGUUGGGGACUAUUUUCUGCGGCGGUUUAGUCCACAUUUGGCUCACCAGGACGGUGUGUGUGGGACCGAGUCACUGUAAACUUCUCUAAAAUCCAGAAACUCGCUGCAGUUCGCACGAAACACGACAGAAAUUAGUGGCAAAACCGUUUAAUUAACUGAAUGGAAAUGAGCUAACGUCAUACAAUCUGCCAUUAUUUGAAACGGUCGGUGGAUAAUCAGCAAAACGCUAACGCAAGGUUGACAGCAAAUAUCUGCAGCGGGAUCUGAAUAGUGCCAUCGGGACGUAACAAUCAAAAGACACUCAUUUUCCAACAGGCUGACAGACGGUCCACUCCAGUAGCUUCACGAGCCACAAACCAUGGCAGCAAAUAGUGUCCCAGGUGUGUCCAGGAUUGUUGAGACUCCUGGAAACUCCUGUCUUGUAAUUAAUUUCCACUUUUUGGUUGUGUCUUUUCGCUUUGCGUUUUUUUUUCUCUUUUUCUAAACGCUGUGAAAGAUGUUUAUCUUUUUCCUUGGCGCGCGUUUUCUUUAGCUGCGGUGCGUCGGGCUUCUCAGGCCGUGACGGGACGCUCGAAGCAGACUACUCAGCCCGGCAUCGGCCUCUCAAAGCGGAGACACUGCGGCAAGGUGCUUCGACCCGUCGCUUCACCGCCCCGAAAGGUCACGAGGCCUCGUUACGCCGCACUCGUUAUCGGAGCGCUGGUUUGGACCCCGGGCUGUCUGCCUCAGUAUUUAAACACAGAUAUGUAAACUCUAUUUAAACGUGAUCAGUUUUUAUGAUAAAAGCUUUAUAGAACAAAAUAACUAUGAUGAAAGCAGUGAGACCACUUUUCCACUGCGGCCCCAGAUUUAAUCCGUCCACGCAAAUGCAACAGGCUACCGAGGAUAUGGCCGGCAGAUGCCUCCGCUCCUGACCGUGUCAAACGCCGCGCCGCAGGGAACCCUCUUCGGCAGCUUGGUUUUGCCCCGUCACCACGGUCAGGGCCACCGCAGAAGUUGAUCGCAGGGCACACACACACAC